AUGUUACAGCCUAGAGGAAAGGAAGAGUAUCCUCGCUCACCCUCGAUUUUACCCCCACAUUCGAAUUUAUCCCCACAUAUAGGUCGACACAACAUCGACUUUGUCAGAAAGAAUGAGAAUAUAGGGUUAGAAUCUGAACGGAUCAUCCACGUCAAGAGGAAGAAAGAUAAAGGUAAAGAAAAGGAAAAAGAUUUGAAGGAAGAAGAAGAUGGAAAGGGCUUAGAAUUGAAAGAAGAAGAAGAGGCAGAGGAGAAAAUGGAUCAUAGGAAGAAAAAAAGAAAUAGAACGAUACAAAGCUGUUUACCUUGUAAUCGUAACAAACGUGGAUGCGACAGGAAAAGACCUUGUGGUCGAUGCACAGCAUUGAACAUGACUGGUUCUUGCGUUUAUGAAGUAGAUGGAAUACAAGAUUCCUCCGACGUUGCAUUAGACGAAGUCACAAGGGAAUUACGACAACGUUCUUCUCGACCUUCUCUCAGUAUACACCAGUCACAUGUGAAUCCAAAUAUUGUCAGUGUCCAGGAGGAUAUUCGACCAGAUCGUCCCACUUCUCAAGAUGAUAAUCCCACAGACAGAUAUCCUACUUUUGCGUCACGAGUUCUGGGAGAGAGACAUCCUUCUUCAAUGGAGGGUAGUGUUCAUGUCGACCUUGAAUCCUAUGAUAUGGGUAAUGUGGAAGAUCGGAAAGAUUUGGAAAGGAUAAUACAACUAAGGAGGAAAAACGAAAGACAAGAAGGUACGAAUGCGGAACAAAUAAGAAGGAUAAUCGUGGAUAGAUUCGCACGGUUUAAAUUGGACGAAGCUGCCAUGAUGCAAGUGGCAGCUUCAGCCAUUAUUCAACCCUUCUCCCAAACUGCCACUCUUCCUACCCAAAGAUCUACCCCUAACAUUCCAGCUGAACACACACUAUCAUCCUCGGUGAGGAAUGAUGGUAUCACAACGAAUCAUGUCGAUGAACGGAAAGAAGGGAAUGGGAAUUGGUAUAGAAAAGAACCUUACUCCACUCAUCUUUUAGCAGGGGAAGAAAUGGUAGUUGACGGAGUGGGUCAAAAGACUUUUCUAGGUGUCACAGCUGGUAGAGCAUUAUUAAGAAGAUUGAGAGAAAUAACCACCAAUAAUCCAUAUAUCAACACCACCAACCUUUCAUCCCCACUUACAUCUUCUCCUCCAGUGGGAGAAGAUGAACUUCUCACAGUCCCGGAAGAUACUGUGUACUCUGGUGUUUUACCUGAUAUACGGAAAACUUUCCCUUUUGCAACUAUAUGGAGACAGGAUAAGUUUAUAGAUGAGAUUAUCGAUUUGUUACCUAACAAAGAACAAUCGGAAAUGUUGUUGGAAUCGUUCAAAGAAGAGAUUUGUGUCUUUUUUCUCGCUUGGCAUCAACCGACCCUCGAAGCGGAGUACAGGAGGUUUUUCUCCCUCACCACAUCAGAGAAGAAGAAUGUUCCACUUUUCUGUCUAGCAUUGUAUCUCAUGAUCUGUGCCCUGGGAUCACUGAUGCGGGCGUCUAAGCUCGAAAUCUUUGGCGAAGCGAUGAUUGACUCUUCGUCGCGAAAUUCCAGCAUGGAGGAUGAGAGGACUAAAGGCACGAUGAGAGACCAAAAGGACUUAACAUGUAGUAGGUUGCAAAGUGAGCUGUAUCUGUCCGGGGCGGAUCAAGCUUUAAGACUUUGUUCCUUCCUGUCCAAUCCGAACAUCUACACCAUCCAAACUUCGAUACUCAUCAAUGUUUAUUUGAUCAAUAGUGAACGCGCAGCAGACGCUUGGAGUCUCACAGGAGUUCUAGUGAGACAAUGCAUAGCUUUGGGAUUACAUGUCGACCCUGCGAAUCUAGAUUCGAAGAUUUCUAUGAGGACAGCAGAAGUGAAGCGUCGUAUAUGGUGGACAGUCGCCAGUCUCGACGCACUCCUAUGCAUUUCCUUCGGUCGUCCUUCCGCCGUAAACUUCUACACCACUAGUCUCCCCCAAGAUCGAGCAGAUGAUCGACUUUCCGAUCUUCCUGGCUCUUGUCAACUACUUUUGCCACCAUCCAACGUGAUUCGUAAUGAAACUACAGAGAUGACAUUUCACGCAGCCUAUUUUCAACUCACUAUUCCAUCAUACGAACUUCUCGAACGAGUCUUUUCGGUUGAUAGAAAAUACUCACGUUCGGCUAUUUACGGUUGGUUUUCACCUACUCCUCGAGACGACACCAUUUCGGAUCACGAUGCUUGUCGACAUACGUACGAAGAUGCUGUUAGGUUGGCGUUAGAUAUAUUCACUUGGUAUAGUCAUCUACCGAGUGGAAUGCGAUUUGAUCCUGAUAAAGAUACCGCGGAAGAGUAUAUGAGUACGAGGAGUAGAGUACAUAUUGGACAAACUUUGUUGUUAUGUGUCAAGACUUUCAUGAUUGUGAUGGUCCUCCAUCGACCUUACCUCCGAGCAGACCCGUCGGCCUAUCCCGAUUCAGCAGAGAUCUGCACUCGUGCUGCUCAUACAAUCCUCUCAGCAUAUCGGUUGGCAUAUGAUACUCGUAGUUCCAUCUUUUGGCUUUGGUGGACAUACACUUAUCGUGCCUUCCAAGCAGGAGCCGUAUGCGCUUUCAUAGCUAUCCGUCAACCCGGAACACCGAAAGGUCAACGAUGUCUCGAUGAUCUACGAGGAGCCAUCGAAAUGUUUGAGAAUAGGAUCGCGAAGUGGAACAGUGCUCAUCCUGUUCAAACUGAUCUCUGCCGGGGAUUGGUCAGAUUGGAGAAACUAGCAACUGCCGCUAUCAAUCAACGACUCUCUACAUGUGUGAUACAUGAUCAUGGACUCUGGUCCGCUCCAGACCCAUCGGCAAUACCCAACACUGAUCAGUUAUCCGAAACGAAGCCUUUAUCGCAAAUCCGAGCGUUUCCAGAAUACUCCGCACCUAGCCAAAUAAGAACCCAGUAUAUACCUGAAGCGGGAAACGGAGACGCGGAAUUUCGUCCGGGUGAUCAAUAUACCGGACUCACAGGGUUGAGUCGUACCGCUUCAGCCACCUCUGGAAUGGGAUCGCAAGGAGGAGCAGAUGGGAUUAUAGGACAAGAUAAUGAUACUUUGACUCAGGUUGUUAUGGGCAUCGAUGUUUGGGAUCAAGUGGGAUGGCGAUAUGCCGAUGAACUCUUAAAUUGGUCAAUGAUGUACCUCAAUCCGGCUCGCUCCUUAUCGCUACUGGACGAUUAUUUCAAAGCAAUAUAUCCAUACUUCAUCCCGACCGAAGACGUACAACAGGGUUCAUGCCGGAUCAACAGAUCAUUCAAAGUUCGAAUACAGAACCCUAAAAUAGCUAUGUCGACGUUGGGACUUCCAUUUCCUAUUCAAUUCCGAUCUAGCACAGCCUACGAUUUUGAGGCGAUGACGAACCUUUAUACUAGUCGUAGACCGAAGACUACAUCAAUGGAUCGACCAUCGCCUCGAAAACGUCAUGACCGAUUCGACCGGGUUUCCGAGCCAAAUCUAGAGCAUUUGUAUGAAUCAAAGGACGUAUCCCAAGACAGCCCGGCCCCUACGGAGGAUGAAGUCUUUUGGGGGGAUCGCUGGGUUGGUUUAGGGGACUUACCCUACGUUCAUGCUCCUCCACCGUCUGCAGUACAUUACAAGGUGUCAGAGAGUUCACUACUGUCAUUUGAAGAUUCAUUACUAGACCUGGAAAAGUCAGUUACCAAGUGUCGUCUGGGUAUAGACUUUCCCAGUCUGGGGAUGGAUCAGACUUCUAACCAUGAACAGGGCAUCAUUUGA